AAGGUUGGUAGAUCGCGAACUAUCACAAGAUCAGGUAAAAGAUGCUUGUCCUUGUACUUGGAGAUCUUCACAUCCCACAUCGGCAACACAGUUUGCCUGCAAAGUUCAAGAAGUUGUUGGUACCAGGAAAAAUACAACACAUUCUUUGCACUGGAAAUCUCUGUACAAAAGAUUCAUAUGAUUACCUUAAGACAUUGGCUAGUGAUGUCCAUGUUGUCAGAGGAGACUUUGAUGAGAAUUUAGCGUAUCCUGAACAGAAGGUAGUAAACGUUGGUCAGUUUAGGAUAGGAGUGUGUCAUGGUCAUCAGGUUGUUCCGUGGGGAGACCCUGAGGCCCUUGCUAUGCUUCAGCGUCAGCUUGAUGUUGACAUUCUAAUCUAUGGUCACACACACAAGUUUGCUGCAUAUGAACACGAGGGAAGGUUUUACAUAAACCCUGGCUCGGCAACUGGAGCCUUUAAUCCACUCCAAAGCGACAUUGUACCUUCCUUUGUGUUGAUGGAUAUUCAAGCUGGUACAAUUGUCACUUACGUCUAUCAGCUGAUUAAGGAUGAUGUAAAGGUGGAGAGAAUUGAAUACAAGAAACCUGUAUAAAUUAAUAUUUCUGUCAUUAACAUUUGUAUUCACUUUUUAAGUCUCCAUAAUACUAUAAUGAUGUCAAGUAGUUUUUAACAAGAAGUCAUAGAGAAAGGUAACUUGAAAAGAUUGCAAUUAUAUUCUGUCAUUGCUGUACAAAGAAAUCAAUGGAAAGACCACAGGUGUGUAAGCUACUCUUGUUCACUUUACGGAAUAAAGUUACUUUGAUUUUAUAAUUAUACCAAAUAAUGAUUAACUUAGUUCAUAUGAUCUCAAAAAUGCACACUCUCUUUAGUUUCUUAUAUAAAACCCUUACCUUAAAUAAAGUUUCCUUCCCUUGA